GGGGUUAUGUAACGGCGGGGGGCGGAGGUAUAUAGGGGGGUUGCCCUUCUGGCCCGAUCUACACCCACUCGCCCAACUCAGAGUCGCCCCUCGACACCGGUUGGAGGAAGUACAGGAUGGAGGUUUCCAGGGCCCAAGACCCUUCCCAAGAAGACCAGCCAGACGCGGUUAACAAGACCGGACAAGGGCCAAGGGAUUUCCGCAACUUCUCUGACAGUCCCCUGCUGGAGCGCGUCUACAACACCUAUCUACUCAUGCACACGCAUCAGACGGUGGACUUCGUCCGGAGAAAGCACGUGCAGUUCGGCGGGUUCUCCUACAAGAAGAUGACCAUCAUGGAGGCCCUGGACCAGCUGGACGGGCUGGUAGACGAAUCCGACCCCGACGUCGACUUCCCCAACUCGUUCCACGCCUUCCAGACGGCCGAGGCCAUCCGCCGGGCCCACCCGGACAAGGGCUGGUUCCACCUCGUGGGGCUCAUACACGAUCUGGGCAAGGUCUUGGCUCUGGCCGGGGAGCCACAGUGGUCGGUGGUCGGAGACACCUUCCCCGUCGGUUGCCGCUUCCAGAGCUCCAUUGUCUUCCACGAUUCGACCUUCCAGGACAACCCUGAUGCCAAAGACCCCCGCUACAACACCGAGUACGGGAUGUACCAGCCACACUGCGGUCUGCAGAACGUGCUCAUGUCCUGGGGCCAUGAUGAAUACAUGUACAAGAUGAUGACGUAUAACAACUUCUCCCUCCCGCCGGAGGCGUUCUACAUCGUCCGUUUCCACUCGUUCUACCCCUGGCACACGGGCGGCCAAUACCGUCACCUCUGCAACGAGGAGGAUUUGCGCAUGCUACCUUGGGUGCAGGAGUUCAACCAGUUCGACCUAUACACCAAGUCUCCAGACCUGCCGGAUGUGGCCAAGCUACGCCCCUACUACCAGUCCCUCAUCGACACCUACUGCCCGGGCCCCCUGAGCUGGUGACCGCCCCCCGCCCCGCACCUCGGCACCCCCCGGGGUCGAGACCCUCCCCCGGCACUGGGAGCGAGGCCCGAAGACUCCCCUUCCCUCCCACCCAUCCGGCUCUCAACCGGGCACGGCUUCUUGGUCCCCAAAUCUCUCCUUGGGGCUCUGCUGUUUCUCUUCUCUCUUCAGCCCCCCGAGCCCCCACAACCGUUCCCCCAUACUGACCCCCCAGCCCCCUUCUCCCUGACGCUCCCCCCGCCCCCACUCUGGUCUCUGGCUUUCUGCUCCGACCUCUUCCAAAAAUAAAUUCCUUGCAGAGUCCUGA